AUGAAACUAUAUCGAAGCUUAUGCUUUGCCCUCUUCUCCGCGGCAUAUGCCUGGCCUCGAGACAUCAAGGAUCAUAACGUCGGCUGCAAUGAUGUCAACGUUGGCCAUUCGUACUGUGCCGAGGUUGACCAUGGCCAACCCGUCUCGACACCGACCAUCAUGCCGGUCGGCACAAUGCUAGCUCGUCUGCCUUCGACCACACCGGAGGCGCUCCUGUCAAAUCGUACCUUUGCAACAAUAACAACCUCGGCGGCGGCUUCCCACCCGACUCUCAUGCAGAUAGGCAUCGCGAGUGAUUGCAGCGCUUACCAUCAGGCAAGAGCUGGCGACACCUGCUCCAAGAUCGCGGCCAAGUACAAGUUGUCGGACGCAGCCGACUUCGUGAAGUGGAACCCCGCCGUCGAGGCCGACUGCUCGGGGCUCAGGACGCAUUACUUCUACUGCGUCGCAAUCAAGGACGGCUCGUCGGCCCUAGACCCGAUCGACCCGAUCGACGACCCGAAGACCGUGAGCCGGGGCGUGACGACGGGGAUCCCGCCGGGCUGCAUCCGCGUGCACCCGACGCCCACGCAGCCCGGGUCCGUGUGCCGGUGCAAGCUGUGGCACGAGGUGGCGAUGGAGGACACGUGCGUGUCGAUCGAGGCGCACUACCAGAUCUCCGCGGACGACUUCAACAAGUGGAACCCGCUCGUCGGCCCCAUGUGCAAGCUGCUGUGGAUGGGGUAUAACGUCUGCGUCGGGGUGUAGCGGGUGGGCUAGUUGGCUGGCGGGCUGGCGGGCUGAGCGGCCGGGUUAUUGUCGGUGUUAUCGUCUUCGUCGUGUAGAGCAGAUCGCUUCAGGUAGUAACAGGACUUUCUUCCUUUCUUUUAAACUAGGAUAUAUAGGUAGGUACCUAUGCCUUACCUUAGGUAGACACCUAGGUACCUUACCUAUUCUUUC